AUGGGCAACGCCAAGUCGUCGGCGUCGCAAUGCGUGGACGUGAGGGAAGCGAAAUCCACGACGGCACACGACAAAGCGGCGUCCACUGCGUGCACGAGUACCAGUAGCACGGAGAAGACGCCCACGAGUCUACCCGACCUCUUGUCCAACGACUCGUUCGACGUGGAGUUCACACAAGCCGCCAAUGCCGCACUCGUCGCCGACGACGACAAGAACGUAGUGGAUGCAUCUCCAGUGCAUGUAGUCGGCCACGAUCUGACAAGAGGGCGCGGCAGGCGACGAGUCGACGACGAGUACGAAUUGGAACGUACCCCAUUGGGGAGAGGACAUUAUGCUACCGUGUGGCGAGGGCGGUGCCGCAAAACAAACCAGGACGUCGCGGUCAAAAAGAUCAAGCGCGUGCUCACAGACGAUGCGCGGCUCAAGUCGGAGGUCGCCGCGCUUCAGCGAAUCCGCACCCAUCCCAACAUUGUCACGUUGCUCGAUGUGUUUGAAUCGCCCAGUGAAGUGUUGUUGGUGAUGGAGCUGUGCACGGGCGGGGAGCUGUUUGAACGACUGGCGGCAAAGGGACCGUACUCGGAGAUGGAUUGCGUCCGCCACGUCAAAAGCUUGGCCGAGGCCGUCGCGUACUUGCAUGAAAACGGAAUCGUCCAUCGCGACCUCAAGCCCGAGAACAUCCUGCUCAGCACCCCCGACGACAACGACGCUGUCGUGAAAAUUGCCGAUUUUGGCCUCGCCAAACUGAACACGACCACGAUGAAGACAAAAUGCGGCACGUGGGGGUACUCUGGUACGCCGCGAUUUCUUUGCCAAGCCAUGUCGUCGUCUUGCUCAAAUCGUGGUCACCGAAUGGACAGCGCCAGAGAUGAUCUCAGGCUCGGGCGUUUCCUUCGGCUACGACGCCAAGGUCGACUCGUGGAGCAUUGGCACGAUCUUGUACAUUUUGCUGUGCGGGUUUCACCCGUUCGACCCGAUGGGCAGCCGGUCGGACAAUGAAAUGAUUGCACAUAUCAAGGCGUGCUCGUUCACGUUCGACGACCCCGCGUGGGUUGGGUUGUCCGGAUCGGCCAAAGACCUCAUUCGCCACCUCCUCGUCCUCGAUCCUGUCAAGCGAUACUCGAUGGCCGACCUGUUGGCCCACCCAUGGAUCACAGGACGAGAAGGUGUCCAUGUUCCCAUCCAGCCGCUGUCGCCGACGAUUCACACAGACUUGGCACGCUACCAGCAGCGGUCCAAACAUCGCGUAUGUCUUGGCAUGGCAGUGUCAUGCUUUGAUUUUUGUGGAUGGUAGAUGCUGUCGUACGAAGAAGACUAGUGGGAUUCGCUCUGCCUUGAAACUACCCAAAGCACCACGACGUCCAAUGCAGGAAGCUUGAUGUCGCGGUCGUAACGCCCACCUCCAAGUGCUACGAUCGCAACAAUCCUUCUCAGCCACGUUGCAACAAGGCGGUGUGGGUUGUAAACAUAGCAGCAGAAGCUGUGGCAUUUCAUACAGCAGCGGUGCGUUCGGUGCCAAGAAAAGUUCCAGGGAGUGGCGCAUGGAACUCGAUCAACGUGUCUUGUUAUGUGGAUGCACGCGCUUGAGGAGUCUUUGGCGAA